UCAUUCGCUCGCGGCUCGUUGGACAUCGCGGGUGAUUCUCGUUAGCUCGUUUACAGGUGACAGAAGCGUGGUGGGUUGGUGACAUGCCGUGGAGUCGCCCGGCGUCGGUACCAGUGGGCCGCGUGUGGAGCAGCUUCGAAGGGAGACCCCGCGAUGGAAGAGCCAUCAGAUACCAGAUUCGAGACAUGCUGCCGACAGACAGGAAGCGCUGUCUGGACAUGAUGCAGAAGACUUUCCUGGAAGAUGAGCCGCUCUGUCAAGUCCUGGACAUUAAAUCAGACCCGGUGUCAGUGGCCACCAUCCGCAGCAACUGGGAGUCGUUCGUGGACCAGCAGGUGUCUGUGGCGUGCUACACGGAGGAGGAAGGAGAGCCUCGCGACCUCGUGGGCUUCAAUAUCCUCACAGUCAAGAGCAUAAAUGAUGAGGAGGAGGACAUUGACAAGGUGAAAGGAGAGCCAUGGAAGAAGCUUCUACUGACCUUGCUGACUGCUGAGAACUUGGUUAACGUGUUCAAGAGGUACAACGUGACGGAGUAUAUGACCUCCAGUGGACUCACCGUGCUGCCCGAGCACAGGGGACAGAACCUUGGCGCCAGAAUCAUUGACGUUAGGCAGCAGAUGUGCUUGGCGAUGGGUAUCCGGGCGGCCGCCACAGUAUUCACGGCCUGCAGCUCGCAGGUUCUGGCAGCGCGCUGCGGCUACGAGCUGUUGGCUGAGCUGCCGUACAGCCACAUGGCGCGCCAAGGAGUGACGCUGGAGGGAUGUGACACGCCCAGCGCCAAGCUGAUGGGCCGCGAGUACACCAGCUGACUGUAACGUCAUAUCAGUCAGCCGGUCAUAGUGACGGCUAAGCAACGUCAAGACACAAUUGUUGAGGAUCCGCUUCUAAGGCCCUUGUAAUAUAAACAUAGAUAUAAAAUAUAUUAAUGAAAUUAAAUAUUAUAAAUAAAUUAGAUAUUAAUAAAAAAGAACAGAAAAGAA